CUCCCUCGACACGAUGUCCGAGCUGUCGAAAGCAAAAUCUCCUCUCCGACUUUCCCUCCACUGAUCGCAGCCGGCGCCCUGCCGAUCUGAGCAAACAGAGGACUCUCUACCUCUGUGUGUGUGUGUCUCUCUCUCUCUCUCUCUCUCUCUCUCUCUCUCUCUCUCUCUCUCUCUCUCUCUCUCCGUGUCUGUGCUUGUAUCUGCCUCUUGACUUUCUCCGUCUCUCGUGAUUCACUGCCUUCACCUGUCUACGUGUGUCCCGUGAUCUUCGCCGAGCUUUCUCUACGCCAUCUUCUCUCUCUCUCUCUCUGUCUCUCUCUCUCUGUGUCUCUCUUUGUCUCUCUUUCUCUCUCUGUCUCUGGUGGUUGCUGACCAUCAUCUCCAUAGCCGUCUAGUUCUUGGGUCUACACAGCCGGCAAAACCUUGUCCUCCCCCUCCAUCUCCUCUGUUCUCUGUGUGUUUGUCGCUCUGUCUUUUUCUCUCUGAGUCCAUCUGUCGUUGCCGCCGUCCAGAACCCGCCGCGCUGCGCGGCGCGGCGCCGCGCCGCGCCCCAAUUUUUGCCUUGCCUACUAAACCCACCAAAUUACCAAACUCUGACCCCUCUACCGCGCUUGUGGCGCCAACACAUUUUUAAUCCGAUCUUUCGGUUCGGUCAUACGGGGAGUGGGUUGCCUAUCUCCUCCCAGCGGAGCGGCGGGAAGAGUAGGGCCCCAACUGUAGAUUACCUAUGAUGAUGAUGAUUGGUUAAUGACAUAUUUGUAUUUUGUUCGCCCGAGGCGCCGCCGUGGUUUUGUUUGUUUGGUUGUUUGCUCUGUGUGCUCUCGCCUUCCUCUUGCGGCGGUCUCGCCUUCUUCGCCUUCGCACGUGCCGGCGGCGUGAUUAGAUUAGAUUAGAUUAGAUUGGAUUUGAUUGGCUUCAAUCCAACCGGCUAAUUUGUGCCAUCUAUUUUGCUUGUUCGUGAUCCUCCCCCUCCACCAGCCAGGCAAGACACCAACACAAUGCAUCAUCAGCUCGACUCUGUGUGUGUAUGUGUUUGAGCCGCGUAGAUGUGCAGGAGGUAGGCAGUGUGUGUGUCUAUUGGCGGUGCGGCGUAAAGGCCUGCCCGCCUGCCUGCGGGAUGCCUGCCAAGCUGGACUACUGGUGGCUGAGAGGCCCUAGUCACUUGCCAGCGUGACACGUGGACGGCACCGACAAGGGGAGGGGGCGUUGAAUUUUGUACCCCGUCCCGUUGAAUCUAAUUCAAGUCUUGAGGUCUCGUCUAUAAGGCAAGCAAAUUGCGUCGCAGCUAAAUCCGAGCACUUAACGGUUACAGCAAUCCCCCUCGUCGGAUUGAUGGGUUCCAGCGGCGGAGUUUGUGAUGUAUAGCCAAUCCAACGCGGAGAGGAAGAAGCGUGAUAAGCAGGCCGUCGGAUUAAUGGGGCAAAUCGAUGGCGGUGGUCUACUUUGCCCGUAGCCUUGGACAUCUUCGUCUUGCCUAGCGAGAGUCUGAAACGCUGGGUCGUUUCAACAGCGAGUGGGAGGAAGAGAAGCCGAAGGGUCAGACGUGACAUGGGGAGAGGAAAAGAGGGAGGGAAGGCGGCAUACGACAGGAUCUUGUAGCUGUUGUCGUCAAGACAAAAAGCACUGCAGGUCACCCAUCGUUGCGGCUGAGGAAACAGAGGGACGACCACGGUGGGAAAGGAAAUGCUUGUGCGGAUUUCAGGAGGUAUAGGAGAAGGAAGAAGAGGACAAAGAGCAGGGAGAUAAUACACACGCGAGAUAGGCGAGAUAGAGUAGAGACAACAACGAUUGGAGGAAGGCAGCAGCAGAGAGUAGGAGGAGGGUUAGCCCACUUGACAGGCCUGGGUGGCCUGGGUGGCCGGAGGGGGGCGGGGGAUUAAUUAGGAAGAAGAGGAGAGGAGGUCUUUUUAGCGGGCGGUUGAUUCUGGUUAUUGCGUUGACGGAAGCAUCAAUUAGGGGUUGUGAGUACUCCUGGAUAUUGAUCAAUUGAUUCAUUGCUUGUUUGAUUAAUUAGCUGGCUGAUUGAUUAAGUGGUUGAUUGAUUAAAUCAAUCGUUUUUGAGAAAAAGUUGACAAGGUUCAAUGGAUGAAGCGACGACCGACGAUAUUAUUCAGCGGCUUUUGGACGUCCGCAACGGCCGCCCUGGAAAACAAGUACAGCUGUCGGAGGCAGAGAUUCGCAGUUUAUGCCUAGCUUCUAAAGAGAUCUUUUUGCAACAACCGAACCUACUGGAACUCGAAGCGCCAAUCAAGAUUUGCGGAGAUAUCCAUGGGCAAUAUUCUGACCUCCUGAGACUUUUCGAGUACGGAGGCUUCCCUCCUGAGGCGAACUAUCUGUUUUUGGGCGAUUACGUCGAUCGGGGAAAGCAGAGUUUGGAGACGAUAUGUCUGCUGCUGGCGUAUAAGAUUAAGUACCCGGAAAAUUUUUUCCUUUUGCGAGGCAAUCAUGAGUGCGCCUCCAUUAAUCGAAUAUACGGCUUUUACGACGAAUGCAAGAGGCGAUUCAACACCAGGCUAUGGAAAAUUUUCACCGAUUGCUUCAAUUGUUUGCCAGUGGCGGCGCUGAUAGAUGAAAAAAUUCUAUGUAUGCACGGGGGUCUUUCGCCAGAGCUGAGGAGCAUGGACCAGAUUAAGAAAAUCGGGAGGCCGACGGAUGUGCCCGACUCGGGGCUGCUUUGUGACCUCCUGUGGGCAGAUCCCGACAAGGAUAUCCAAGGGUGGGGAGAUAACGAUCGAGGAGUGUCGUACACAUUCGGCGGGGACAGCGUAGCGGAGUUCCUCCAGAAACACGAUCUUGACCUCAUCUGCAGAGCCCAUCAGGUCGUUGAAGACGGGUACGAGUUCUUUGCGAAGAGGCAGCUCGUGACAAUUUUCUCGGCUCCGAAUUACUGCGGUGAAUUCGAUAAUGCGGGAGCGAUGAUGAGUGUGGAUGAUACGUUGAUGUGCUCGUUUCAGAUUCUUAAACCCUCAGAGAAGAAGGGGAAGUUUUACGGUGUCAACGCCUCUCGACCAGGGACACCUCCGCGAUCAGCCAAGCCAUAUCAACCGGGCAAAGGCUAAGUGUCGGACUUCACACUGAGAGGUGCUAGGGUCAAUCAAACGGGUCCACGCUGCGCUGGCUGGCUGGCAGGCAGAGUGGUGAGCAGCGUGAUAUACACCGCAUGAAGCUGGCCAUCAGAUCUAUGCUUCACCCUUGGUCUUUGAUGGAGCGGCAGAGCAGAAGAGAGAGAGAGAGAGAGAGGUGGAUGUUACCCCUGUCCUAUUGAUCUUACGAAGUACUGGGUACUGUGAUGGAAGCAGGGGUGGCAGCGUGCGAUGCCUUGUCAGGAGCAGUUAGUCGCGCAUGUUUCUAGGUGACAGCGGAAGGGAGCUACACUGGGAUGGAAAUCUCUCUUUUGCCUAAUUCAUGGAGAAGGAACAUAGCUACGCUGGUCUUGGUAGGGCAUACCUGGAGUGUGCAGUGACGGAGAGUGUGUGAUAGAGGGUGGUAGAAACUGGGUCAGCUGGAGGAGAGAGGCAAUGGCAGCAGGAGCAGCAGCAGGGAAAACGCCGGUGGUGCUGUUGCUGGUCAUGAUGGGUAAGCGAGGAGGGAGAGGAAGGAGAGUAAGGAGCGGGGGGAGGGGAGGAAGAGGGUGCAGAGGUGUAAGAAGUGAGGUGCUGAGGAUGGGCAGUAAAUGAUGAAACUGUUUGCCUGCUGCAAGCAGAAAAUGGCACAAAGUUUUGGUCCCCGAUAGGAUGAGGAUUCGUUUGGCUCGAAUCUACUGCCAACGUCUCAUUUCAGGCACGCGUCACGGUUUCUCAUGGUAUGAUGGUGGUGGUUCAAGGACGUCUGCCGACUGGCUUCCAGGGAGGAUCGAUUGAUCACGCAUGCGCAUGCUCACCCCUACCCACUCGUCUCCGUCGUCCCAUGCUUCUGUUAGUUUGCACCUACAGAUGUCAUAUCACUAUUGUUUUGCUGCUCUUGUAACGACAAUCUUGGUGCUUGGCUCUGGAGGCCUGUAUGCUUCACUAUGAGGAUUUGGAAGGGUGGAGGAAGUCUCUGUAUAGCAUACUUGCAUUUUUUUGCGCCUGUGCUUGACCAUGUGUAUGUGCCUGUUUGCUCACCUGUCCAUCGUAAGUUCUCUGUGUGUGGGUUUCUGUGUGUGUGUGUGGGUGCAUGUGUUUGUAUGCGUAAAAGCUAUCAGAAUGGUCACUGCAUAUGAAGUUGCUUGCACCUGAAUGACCAACGGAUAGGGAUGGCAUGCAUGUAUCCCACAGUUGCUUUUGCGUGUGCAUCUGCACCUCGCUCUGUGUGUUUGUUUGUGUUUGUGUGUCUGUGUGUGUGUGUAUGUGUGUGUGUGUGUGUGUGUGUGUGUGUGAGUGAACGGGGUGUGAGAGGAUAUGGAGAGAUUCCGACGUCAGACGUGUGGCAAGUAAGAGCACCUGUACUGAGCUUGCUUGCCCAUGCAUGGGUGAGGUGAGUGAAUCAUGGAAGGAGCAGUGUUUGCAUCCAUGCGAGCGUCGGCUGUCUUCUCCGCAAGGGUGAUCCAUCUGUGCUAUUAUUCUGUCCGAGAGUAUGUCGAGUCCCCUUCCAUGCAAUUUCAAUGAUCAGCUGGUGUUGAGUAUGAGUGUGCAGGCCUUUGACCAUAGUGUAGGUUAGUGGAAGACAAAACGAAGAGAAGUGUGAUAGUCAGAGGGUAGCAGCGCAAUUUGGGGUGCCUAGUAAAUAUCGAUGUAGUGGUACACAGUUGCGCCAGAGACGUGGAGGACAUUAUUUGUUUCUUCUCCUCCGGCUCCGGGCAGGACGUCACAUCAGUCCAAAACCUGUAGAUGCAGCGCACGGCAAAUAGCGUAUCUGCGCGGUCAUCAUGUACUGUGCCCCAUCAGAUAGCUGUCGCGCUUAGUGUAGAAAGAUUAACAUGGAUUAAAACUCGAUUGUUCCCGUUUAUCGUGGCGGAUGUGGGAGAGGAUUUUUAGAGUUUGUCUCCCUAAGGAGGACGGCAGGGGUGCGAGGCCACGAGAAUGAGUGAGAAGACUACUGCAGUAUAUCUAAUGCGGAUCUGGGAAACGCGGUUUGGGCAGAGGAGGGGCAAAACUGUGUUGGGCACGAAUGUGGAGCUAACGUGGCUGGGUGGUUUGGGUGAAUCUGUGGUGUUUGCAGUGUGUUCAGUCUCUGGGAGUUUGGCGAGAUAUCGCAACUUAAGGUGAGUGUAUGAAUGGAUGUGGAUGCAUGUGUGGGCAGGUGGUGCUAUAUGAAUGUGAUAAUUGUUAUCGCGAUGACCUGGCCGACGUGGUCGGUUUCAAGGAAAAAACGAUCUUUCGUUUGAAGUCUUACCUCCUCCUCAAUCUCUAUAUGCUGAUGACAUUUUGUGGAUGGAAAGAAGGAUCUCUCUCUAUCUUUGUGUAGUGGACUCUGGCCAGAUGGUUGAGUCAGUUAUGGGAUAGAAACGGUAACAGAGAGAAGUAUCUUGAAGAAUGAAGGUGAUAUAAAAGUAUCUUGAAGAAUGAAGGUGAUAUAAAAGUAUCUUGAAGAAUGAAGGUGAUAUCACGGA